AUGUCAACAAAGUUUAUUAUCGCUACUUUCUUAGCACUUGUUGCAGUUUCUAUGGGAUGUGAUCAAUGGCCCAAUGGUACUGAUACUCAACUUCAUUGGUAUAACUGUCCCGAUGAUGGAAAUAUUGUUUUUCAUACUCUUCAAGCUGUUGAUGCUAGUGGAAAAACUGAAUAUCCAGUUAAAUUAAAGAAACCACUUUAUAUUAAUGCCAAUAUUGAUAAUAAUGCUGGUAAAAUUUCAGAAAUUAGACUUGAUAUUGCUUUAUAUCAAUGGGGAGGAUGGCAAGGAUGUUCAUGGCAUGAAGUCCCUACAUUUGGACUUUUAGCUAAUCAAGAUGCUUGUAAAAAUGGAAUACCAUGUCCAAUUAAUCCUGGAAAAAAUCAAAAUCUUAAAAUUGUAAUGGAUUUCUCUGGAUAUGAUUCAAUUAUCUCUUUAUUAAAAAAUGAUGCACCAUAUCAGCUUAUGUACAAAUUAACAGAUAAAUCUACAGGAAAAACAUCAUGCACAAUGGUUCAAGCUCGUACAUAUACCAACCAAUAA